UUAAUCCCCACGCAUUUUCUAUCUGUGUCGUUAGAAAAGAUGAUGAACGAACACACACCUCUUUUGCCUGAAAAACAAAAUUACUAUUAUAGAUACAACAAGAAAUGUACAACAACAACAUCUUCUGCUGUUCUGUAUUUCAUCAUGUUACUCAUCUCUAUAUUCUUUAUUUUACUUACAUUUGGAGGUGGUGAUGUAAGUUCCAGUUGGUUAAAUGAUGGAGUUAUAAUAAGGUUUAAAAAAAGAGUAGUAAAAGUUAGUGAUGUAGUGGAAUCACUAGAAGCAGUGGUUGCUGCUGAUGAUGCUCGUUGUUCCGAAAUUGGAGCUUCAGUUCUUCAAGAAGGUGGCCAUGCCGUUGAUGCUGCUGUGGCUGCUGCUUUAUGUCUCGGGGUUGUGAAUCCGAUGGCUAGUGGUAUUGGGGGUGGCGGUUUCAUGGUGGUUCGGUCUGCUGAUACCUCAGAAACACUAGCAUUUGACUUUAGAGAAACUGCUCCCUCGGCUGCUUCAGAGGACAUGUAUGCGAAUGAUAUCGACUUGAAAUAUAAAGGAGCAUUAUCGAUGGGUGUUCCUGGAGAGAUAGCUGGGCUUCAUAAUGCUUGGUCAAAAUACGGGCGUUUGCCUUGGAAAAGACUGUUUGAUCCAGCCAUCCAACUAGCAAAAGAUGGGUUUUUGGUCGCACCUUAUCUUGCCAAUAAGAUUUCAAGCAAUGCUGAUAAAAUCAAUAAGGAUCCUGGUUUGCAACAGGUGUUUGCUCCGGAUGGGGAGCUUUUAAAAGCUGGGGACAUUUGCUACAACCCGAAGCUCGGCUGGAGCUUAGAACUUGUAGCAAAUGAAGGACCAGACGCGUUUUAUGCUGGUGUGAUAGGGGAGAAGCUGGUUAAAGAUGUUCAAGCUGCAGGUGGGAUCUUGACAAUGGAAGACUUGAGGAACUAUAGUGUUGAUGUUAUGGAUGCACUUGCAGUAGAUACAAUGGGGUACACUAUACUAGGAAUGCCCGCCCCAUCAAGUGGUACCUUGGGUCUAGCUCUGGUGUCAAACAUUUUAGAAAGCUAUGAGAACUCAAAUGCUGCCAAAGGCUCGUUGGGUUUACACCGUUUCAUUGAAGGUUUGAAGCAUAUGUUUGCUCUUCGGAUGGAUUUGGGUGACCCGGAUUUUGUAAAUGUAACUAAGACUGUAGCUGAUAUGCUUUCACCCUCAUUCGCAAAGAACAUUCAGGGGCGGAUUUUUGACAACACCACAUUCCCUUCGGCAUACUACAUGCCCAGGUGGAGUCAACUUCUAGACCAAGGCACAAGUCAUUUUUGCAUAGUGGAUGAUGACAGAAAUGCGGUAUCGAUGACAACGACCGUAAAUUACGCCUUCGGAGGUGGGGUUUUGUCUCAAUCUACAGGCAUUGUGCUAAAUAACGAGAUGGGUGACUUCUCAGUUCCAACUGAAGUAUCUGCAGAUAGCCUUCCUCCUUCACCUUCAAACUUUAUCAGACCAAACAAGAGACCAUUAUCAUCCAUGACUCCGAUUAUUGUCCUCAAGGAUGAACAGUUAGCAGGGGUGAUCGGAGGCAGUGGUGGAAUGUACAUUAUUCCAGCAGUUGCGCAAGUUUUCAUCAACCAUUUUAUCUUAGGCAUGGACCCUUCAAAUGCAGUUCAGUCCCCACGAGUCUACCACAAGUUAAUACCAAAUGUGGUGUACUAUGAAAACUGGACUGUUAUUGAUGGUGAUCAUAUCCAGCUUUCAGAUGAUAGAAUGAGAUUCUUGGAAGAAAGGGGUCAUGUGUUGGAGCCAAAAGCAGGUGGAGCAAUCUGUCAACUUAUUGUCCAAACGCUAAAGAAACCGAUUGAGAAUAGAAAACUGAGGUAUGAUCAUCAACAGGUUUUGAAAGGUAUGCUUACCGCUGUAAGUGAUCCAAGAAAGGAUGGCCGGCCAGCCGCUUGCUGAUGAUGAUCUUUCCGUGACAGUGUUAUUCUUCUUCUUGUUGUAUAUAGUCUUCCGUAAAUAAUUGGGGUUUAUCUGGCUAAUGCUUAGGUUCCUGCAUAGAUAAUUUUAGUCAAAACAUUGUGAACAUGACUCAUUUUACAUGAAGGCAGUAUGAAGCUAUUGAAGUAA